CAGCACUAGCAGCAGCAGCAGCAGCAGCAGCAGCAGCAGUGUGAGUGCGCUGCGUGUGUGUGUUUUUUUUGCCUUCCCUAACCCAUUGUAAAGUGUAUUUUUAUUGGUGAAGAAAAGCGUACGUGUAAACUAGCGCCAGGGAACCCGGUUGAUAAUAGCUGGCGUGUCGCGCGUGAAUGCAGCGCUUCCGCGGCAUCCUGUUUAUCACAAGCCGCAGCGCAGCCACGGGUAAAGGGCUGCCGAGUGAAAAGUGGCGAAGUAUAGAUUGUGUAAAACGUUGUAGUGAUUAGGGUUACAAGCAAACCAAAUAAACACAAACAAAAAAAAAUCGUGAAAAAGUGACCGAGUUGUGAGUUUUCUUGCCAUGGAACGUAUGGAGGUGGACGAUUCGGCCGUGGUGGAUCUGAGCCUCGGUUCUGGCCGCUCUUCGAUCACGAUCACACCGUCCACGGCGCGGGAUUUGCGAGCGCUGGCGAAAAACUCCGGGCUUACCAUCACCCCCGCCCUACCGCCCGUCUCAUCCUCCCAUGGAGUCAAUCCGGGUGGAGGAGGAGGAGGAGGAGGCGGCGGCGUCGGUGGAGGCAGCGCUCUCAGCCCAGUUACACCGACAGUGAGCAGUGGAGGAGGAGGAUUAGGAGGUAGCACUAGUGGUAUCGGUGGGGAAGCUGGCACCACAUCUCCCAUCCCCGGCCGACGUGUCCUGCGGCCCCGCACGGAAGUUAAAUCGUACGCGGAAGUGCCCGACAUCGUACUGCUUCCGGCCAAAGUGAACGGCCGGUCACAGAAUGGAAGCACCGGUGGUGGUGGCGGCGGAACAGGCAGCGUCACGGCCGGCCUGUCCGAAUCCGAGGACGAAGAGAUGCCCCCGGUUUACCCGAUCAAGGAACUGACGGCGGCCGAAAUAUGUGAACGCGAGCGGGGCCUCCGUAAGCUGCGCGAAGAGCUCCGCAGCGAGGAAACGAAGUUGGUGCUGUUGAAGAAGCUAAAGCAAUCGCAGCAAGUCAUGAUGAAGGAAAAUCUGAUCGUAACACCUAGCAACACGAACCUGCCGAACCCGCUCGCAUCGAUCCCGGCCUCCCUGACGAAGGGUUCGCUCAGUGUGACGCCAACGAAUGCGGUCCCGCUGCCGGCCCAUUCGAAAUCCUCAUCCUCCAGCAAACCCAUCUCCAAUCCGGUCAACAAUCGAGGCUCACCGUUAAAUAUUACACCCGUGCCGAAGGUGUCCCUGUCGCAGAGACCAUCGCUACCGGGCGGUGCAACGCUAACGCCGAGCAGUCCCGGCCAGCGGUUACCGAUCGGGUUGGGCCGGGCCGCGUCCAACCUCAUCAUCACGCCCUCGGUGACAAUCACACCGACCAAUGCGCCCACCGCGGCCAUGAAGCAGCGCAAUAGCCAGAAUCUUGGACAGCUCAGUAGCUCGGUAUCCAUCACACCAACGCCACCAAUACCGGCCCAGAUCAGCUGUACGACUGUCGAACCAGUAUCGCUGAAGCGCGAUCGUGACCAAUCAACGCGAGAGGACCCGCAGAGCCAAGCCCAACGGCAAGCGUCCGCGAAGUUGGCUUUGCGCAAACAGCUGGAGAAAACGUUGCUUCAGAUCCCACCACCGAAACCGCCACCGCCGGAGAUGCACUUUGUGCCGAACCCGAGCAACAUCGAGUUCGUGUAUCUGCUCGGGCUCGAGCACGUGGUGGACUAUCUGACGAAGGACAAAAAACCGAACCCACCGCAGCAACCGUACCGGUGUGCGCAGUGCAAGAUCGAUUUUACGCCCGUCUGGAAAUGGGAGAAACAGGGUAAAAGAGGAAAUCCCACUUUUCAGAACAGUCCAGUCGGUGGCAAGGAUCCGAAAGUUAUUUGCGAGCAGUGCGUGACGAGCAACGUGAAGAAGGCACUGAAGGCCGAACACACGAACCGCCUGAAGACGGCGUUCGUGAAGGCGUUGCAGCAGGAGCAGGAAAUUGAGGCCCGGCUGGCCGCCCAAAGCAGCCCGUCGCCGGUCGAAAUCCACCCGACACCCUCCUCAACCCCCGGUUUGCGUGAGCAGCGCGAGUUGCGCGAGCUGGAGCAAGCCCAACAGCAGGCCCAAGCUCAACAGGUCGCACUGCAACAUCUGCAGCAGCAGCAGCAGCAGCAGCAGGCAGCCGCAGCCGCAGCAGCAGCAGCGGCCGCUGCCCAGCAGGAACGGCAGGAGCGGCAACAGCGUCAGAAGGAGCAGCAGGAACAAUUGCGCCAACAGCAGGCUCAACUCCAGCAGCUGCAGCAACAGCAGCUCCAGCAGCAGCAACAGCAGCAGCUACAGCAGCAGCUUCAACAGCAGCAGCUACAGCAACUGCAGGAACAGCAGCAGGCACAGCAGCAGCAGCAGCAGCAGCAGCAGCAGCAAAGCCGCCAUCAUCAUCUGCACCAGCUGCAUGCGGCCCAUCUGCAGUCACAGGCGCCCUCGAAAUCGAAAACACCGACACCGACGCCACGGCCGACGCCAACACCACCGAACCAGCAUCAGACACCGCCACCCGCGUCCAGCUCCCGCUCCAGCCGGCACAGUGCAACGGCAAACGCGACGGCCGAAGCAGCCGCCGCACAGCUUACCGCGCUGGCCGGGCUCGGUGGUUUGGGGCAGCUCGGUGCGCUCGGGAACUUUGGCAGUUUGGGCAAUUUGGCCAAUCUCAGCAAUUCUACCGCAGCAGCGGCCGCCGUGCAGGCCCUACAUCAGCAGCUUUUCAGAGGACUGCAGCAAAAUCUUCAAACGAGCAACCUUAACAUGAACAGCUUACAGGCGCAAAUGAUGCAAUUUUCGCCCCUUCUCUACUCCUACCAGCUGGCGAUGGCACAAGCAGCUGCUUCACUAUCGGCUGCCGGUAAAGGUUCAUCGCUCGCCGAAAUGCAGCGUGCGCUGGAGCUGCAGCGCCAGUACCAGGAGAUGCUAUCACAGUCCAAUCCGGGGCCGAGCAACAGUAGACAAAACAAUUGGAAAUCUUAAAACGGUGCACGAUGCGCAUCAGAAACGGGCCAUCUAGACCAGCAAAGCAACGCGUGAGAGUGUUCUGCAGCUACUGCCACCCGUCCCCGUCGCUCUUCUGUGGCAGGAAGUGAAUUGCCGGCGAUGCGAAAAACAAAAGCAUACCUUUGCCACGACUAUUGCCGUGCUGUUGAUUGUGUAUGUGUGUGUGUGAAUAUUGCCCAAAGGCCCAUCAGUAACGAAGCUUCCGUGCGGAAUGCUUGAAACACUCGAACAGCAACAACCGAAAGGUCCGAGGAAGGCUUCAACCACACCGCAGACUGACCCCUAAAUGGCUCUAAAUGCUAUGAGCGAUCAGAACAUAGUGAGUGCUGAUAAGUGAUAAGUUCUCUUUAUUUCUGUUUACAUAUUUUUAUUGGUUUCGUACUUUCAAAUUCAAUUCAAUUCAAAUUUUCUUUACGGACGCUAAUUAGUACAGUAAUUUAGAUAAUUUGGGCCCGUUUUUAACCGAGCGGGAUUGUGAGCGCUUGGUCAGCUAGCAAGUAUACAGUAGUGCAGUACCAAUUUACAGGUACACACCACGACCGACCAACCGGGGGGAGGAUAACGAUUUGUAGUCAGUGCACAGUCGGCACUCGUACGAGACUCGUAAGACAGCUCCAAGUGGACAUUGGUGGAUGUAAAAGUGAAUGUGAUUCUGACCGUUUAACAUUGAAACGGAGGCACAAUCCCUCCGAUCAUCCCCAUCUCGUUGGUGCUACAAUGUGCGUGUGCGUGUGCGUGCGUGUCGAAUGCACUUUUGAUGCCUUUUUGAUAAUGAUUAUACAUAUGUAGCUUAGAGUUCUUUUUGUUUUUUCUUUUUGUUCUAUUUUUAUUCUCCGUUCGCUGUCGUGUUUAUUGUGUUUUAAUGUGUAUAUUCACACGCACGCUACUACUAUUACAACUACUAUUAGUAAUACUGCAACUACUAUUGCAACUACUACUGUUAGGAUGAUAAUUAGGCACCGAUUUUUGUUUUGUAAUGGCUUUCUUACACAUUUAAGGAUAAAUAUUGUGUUUUUGCGUGGAAGCAAACGCAAAGAAUGGGGGGGAAAAUUGUGUGGAAAGUAAACGAACGAAGAGUGUGUGAUUCUCUAACGUAACUAAUUGAGCAGAAUGUGUGGCUUUGUGUCUUUGUUGCUUGAAGACGCAAGCCGAGGAAUGGAAGGGGUCUUUUUUUUCUUCAUGGAAUUCUCUCUCUCUCUCUCUCUCUCUCUCUAGUCUGUUGUGCUAUGAAAUUCAAUUCCAGUUUUUAACUUACUAGCAGCCAAUGAUGAUAAUGUUUUGUUGAUGAAACAGGCUGGAGUUGUAGUUGAAACUUUUUUGGGAAAAUCGUAAGAGCAAUUCAAAGCAAAAUUGUUUUCGGGACGUUUUAUCAAGGGGGGUUUUAUCUGUUGCAAUUAAGCGUCAACAUUAAGCUCCUACUCGCUACUAAGGGUUCAUACUGGCCACAUCCUCCUUGGGAAAUCCUCCAGACCUCCUUGGGAAACAGCAGGACCAGGCAGUGAUUAUCCGGCUACGUGGUGUAAAUAACUCUAAUUAGCCAUUAUAUGGCCGGCACGAAUUGCUAAUGCUAAUUUGUACAAAAUUUCUUUCUCCAAUGUCCUCCUGUGGAAGGGUUGCAAAAUAGCCUUUCCUCGGAUGCGGAUCAAUCGUGUGAUAGCCAUCGUGAAGGGGCUGUCGACCUGUGUGGUCCUUUAGAGAGUAGGAAUACAGGGGCUUUCAGUUGAUAUUGUAAAAGCAUCGAUCUUUUUUUGUAAACUCUUUGUACAACUCGUGUGGCCGAGGCGACAGCGGCACCGGUCUUCACACGGCAGGGCCGGGGUUCAAAUCCCAUCCUGAGCGCCUCCCCGUGCGUAGGGCUGACUACUUUACUAGCCAGAAAUGGCAGGCCGCGAGACUUCUCGAGGUUUUUGUGCCAGGGAGGAAGAAGAAGAAGUACAGCUCGGGUACAAAAUCAUCGGCUUCGAUUACAAUAUCAUCUGGUGACUUCACAGUAAAAGGUAAUGGUUUCCUCUAUCUGUCUGAAGCCGCGUCCAUGUCAACUAGGUUUGUUUUCAUAUUUUAUGUACAGAGCCUGCUAUUACAUUAUCAACUGGAAAACCCUGUAAUAAGUUGACGUUUAAUUCUAUUCCAUUAAAUUCCCCCUAAUUUUGUAUUUAAUUUUUGAUAAUUUUUUUUUUUGGGGGCUUUCGUCAGAAGAUUAUUCUUCCAGCAAUGGAACAUGUCCUUAAAAGCCAGACGAAUAUAGGCACACAUACACAUACCCGGCCAGAACAGAACCAGUCAUGAUUUGAAUGUUUCUUUAGGGAACAUUAACCCCAAAAAGGCUGUUUUGAGGACGAUGCAGAUGACGAUGAUUAGAAUUGAACGGUAGAGACGUACCAUUAUUAUUACACAACAACAAGUAUCAUCAAUAGCGGAAUAUUCCACCUUUACAGCACUUUAUUCACCAUCUGUUCACCAGCACCCCAAAAAGGGGAUGAUUUGUAUUUUUUGUUUUGUUAAAAAAAUGGAAAAAAAAUGUUUUUUUGUCUAAUUCUCUUUCUAUCGUUGUGUUUUCUAAUACUUUUUUACGGCUGUGUAUGUAACAGAAGCAUACAGACACGCCCUCGGUUUAAGUUUGAAAUACGUGUAUUAGGCUGGUUUGUUUACAUUCACCACAUUCAGUGCGUUUCGUCAGCCUUGUAUUCUUUACUGUUGCGUUAACUAUUGCCGGCUCCUUUCUUUUUACACACACACCCACACCUGAAACUAGGCCCGUAACACAACUAUAUCAUGAACACGUUUCUACGUACACUUACUACCAAAUACUAACAUAAACCAACUAAUAAACUAUCGUAACCGAGUAAUAAAAGCAAAACAAACAGUGAAAACUUAAAAGAAAAUCACCUGCAGCGCUGAGGCAAUUUGCAGCAUGCAACCCCCCACCGUUUCUCGGAAAAUUUGCAAAAUUUGUGAUAAACUUUUUUGCGUCUUUGCCCCCCGCCAAAUGCACGCUGGGGACAGGACUUAUCGUUUGCUCAAUUACACACACACACACACACCGAGAAACGGACGGGUCGAUCGUUCGUACGGAUUCGUUGCUGAUAAAGCAGCGGAAAUGAGCUAGAGAGAGAGAGGAGAAAGGUGCGUUUAGGGAGUUUAUGUUCGAAUGUAUGGAACGAUCUGGGAUUUUCAGUUAAAUGAUACCACUCACAUUAGGCGUGUGAGUGAGUGUUGGUUUGUUGUGAACUGUAAUGCAAAAUGAAACAUUACUUCCACUACUACUAUCGGUUAGUGUUGAGCGGUAUACCUACCUACCACACACAGGCUGCAGGACUAUGAUGCAGUCCAGUCCAGUUAGAAGUUUCGUUACGCUUACGUUAAUGUGUUUGUGUACACAACACACAAAUGCAAUGUAUUGUUUCGUUUUCUAUCAAGCUAUAUUUUAUAUCCACUAAACGGACGAUCGAUAAAAGGAAAACACGCAGAAAACGGAACUGCGAAUGAAUGAUACAUUUCUAGGUCACUAGAAACAACCUAGCAGCUCAAUUGGAGCAAUUAAGUUUAUAACAAACAAACAAAAACCCCUAUUAACUGACUUUUGGGAAACAAUUUUUGUUUUUUGUCGAAAUGUCGAAACAAAAAUGGUUAAGUUAGGUUAAGGGCGUUAAAGAAAAGUGAGAAACUAGUAUGGAUAGUGGAGUGGCGCGCGCGUGUAAUGUAAAGCAAAAAAAAAGUAUAACAAAAAUUAAGACAUAUUUUAGGCAAAUAACAGUAACGGAAAAAGGAAAAACAAACACAUUGGAUGAUAGUUUCGAGAGCGUAACACGUGCACACGAUGACUAGAAAGAGAUUGCAAACAGAGUGCUAAAGAGUAAGGAAAAGAGAGAGAGCAAACGAAAAAAA